GAAGAGGCCGUUUUGAGCAGCUCCACAGCACAGGAAUCCAACAGGGAGGAAAAUCCCCAGAGAUCCCGCAGGAGGAGGAGGGGCUCCAAACUCAGCCCAGGGUGCUCUGAGGAGGAAAUACGUAUCCUGUGCCGGGAAGGCGGCCAGAGAUCCAUCUGGGGCUCUGAGCUGGUGGUCCAUGACCAGGUUCAGGAUGUGGAGAAGCCCUACAAGUGCUUGGAGUGUGGGAAGAGCUUCAGGUGGAGCAACUGCCUGAUCUGCCACCAGAUGAUCCACACUGGAGAAUGGGCCUACGAGUGUGGUGAGUGUGGGAAGGGCUUCAGCUGGAGCUCCCAACUCAUCACCCACCAGCGCAUCCACACUGGGGAGAGGCCCUAUGAGUGUCCUGAGUGUGGGAAGAGGUUUCAUACCAGCUCCCAUCUCCUCAGGCACCAGCGGAUUCACACAGAUGAGAGGCCCUACGAGUGUCCCAAGUGUGGGAAGAAGUUUCAGACCAGCUCCAAUCUCAUCCAGCACCAGAUGAUUCACACAGAUGAGAGGCCUUUCUGCUGCCUUGAUUGUGGAGAAGGCUUCAAGCACAACUCCCACCUCAUCAGGCACCAGCGCAUCCACACCGGUGAGAGCCUCUGUGAGUGUUCUGAGUGUGGGAAGAAGUUUCAGACCAGCUCCACUCUCCUUGUGCUCCAGCAGAUUCACACGGAUGAGAGGCCCUUCCGCUGCCCCGACUGCAGGAAGGGCUUUAAGCAAAGCUCCCGCCUCAUCACCCAGCCGCGCAUCCACACUGGGGAGAGGCCCUAUGAGUGUCCCCAGUGUGGGAAGAGCUUCUCCAGGAGCUCUCACUUGACCAAACACCAAUGGAGGCACCGGUAAGGGAAGCCCUGCGAGUGCCCCAAGUGCAGGAAGAGCUUCGUGUGCUCUUCCAGCUCCAUCCUUUAUCAGAGGACCCACGUUAGGCAGAGCCCUGAUGACCCACGUUCCAGUGAUCUGUGUUGGGAACACACUGGGCUGGAGGUAAUUUUAUUUUGGUUUCAAUUAUCUUUUGAUUCAUCUUCAUCUAUUUAAAACAGAGAAAUAGUGGUAAAAAUCAGCAAAUUCAUCAAAAGCAUCUAAAGCCUCACAUUUUACUAGUGCUUCAAGGGAAUCUGGGAGAUACUUAGGAGGAUCUGGGAGUUGUGGGGUUAUUUGGCGUAAUUGUCUCCAUUUCUUGGCACUCAAAGAGAUGAGAGUCUUCUGUCUGUCACCUCAGUGCCACUGAAUCCUACUCAAUCCCUCUCCAAAAUUAUUUCGUUCCACAGCCCCUCAGGAUGUGAUGCCUUAAGUUUUAGCUUUCACAUUUUUCAUAUUCUAUGCUGCUUAGGUUUGUAGUUUUGAACUUCCUAUUAAGUGUUAGUGUGCUCUCUUCACAGUGUAGGUAGACAAAACAAUUCCUUUUCUAGCUUGAUUCCAAGGACAAUUGUUACAAGUUCCAGGCCAAAAGCAAAACCAAGGGUGGACUGAAGAGAGAAAACAAGAAGGAUGGGACUUCAUCAUCUGAAGCUGUCAUUGGACAAUGAACCCAAAUAUGCGGUUGGACCUAAACUUCUAAAAAUGUGAGACCUCCUGAUGAGUUGUCCAUUUUUGUAACCAUUUUUGCUCCAUCUUGGUGUAGCCCUGGCCAGGCUCUUGUACUUCCAAGAUGUAUCUGUAACAUGCUGGUCGUGGGUGGGGAGACAAAAUCCAUGACUCGUGCUCCAGUUGCUCAUCAGACAAAACAGCCUCAUUUAUUAUUCAGAACUCACUUGAAUACCAAAUUCAAAUUUCCCAGGCUAGACAGCCAUUGGCUGAUACUUCUCUCCCUGCCCAGCAUCCUGGCCAGUGGUGUGCAGUGGUUCAGACAUGGAUUAGGCUCGCUAAAUUAGAUUUGUGUUAUGGCUAAAGUAGAUUUACUGCUAAAUUAGAUUUGUGUUACAUCUAGAUUUACUUUGUCCAGUCCUGACCAGCUGUACUGUGACCAUACUGUGACAAUUCACCCUUUUUGGUUAAAUUAAAAAAUAUAAAAUGCUCUCUGUUAUCCUAUCUGCAAGGGCCCUUUGCAGACAUGAUAAUAGGGACAGCAUGGGUUUAAUUUGAAUGAAGUUUUCUAAUUAAUUUGACACAAUUAAUUCUCUUCAGCUAGCAAUAUGCUUUGUGUACUAAACUGAGUUUGGAACACUCACUUCCAGGAGCUGGCAGACAGGAUCACAAUCCUUCAAGCUAACAUGCCACAGGUUAACUACUUAUAGUUAAAAGCUACAACUUAACAUUAAAAAACAAGAAACUGUUUAGAACUGAGAUUAUACCUGAACUCUAUAAACAAGAGACAAAAAACCUUCAGCAUUUAGAACCGUGAGAAAAACCCAGCUUAGCAGAAAAACAAUUUGUAAACAAACAGUUUUUAAAUGAACUGUCUUUUCAAGAGUCUGAUUUUCAUGGUGAAUAAGUUGUUCUGGUUACUCUUCUUCAAUCUGCUCCAUCACAUCCGUAGAGGUACUGUCAGAAAGGUGUUGUUUGUGUCCUUUGGCUGUAUGUUUGACUCUUUCAUAUCGGUUGCAGCUUGCAUUAUCACUUCUUUGUCCCUGAGCUGUCCCCUGUGGAAUGGGCUUGUGUGGACAGUUUAUUUUCCCAUGGCCUUGUUGUCCACACUUGUAGCAAUGGGGUGUGAGUUUAACAGCAGCUGUAAUAGAAUUGGCUAGCAUAUCCAUGUGAUGAGAUCCAGUCCCAACCUUAGCACAUGCUGUAAUCAUCUCCUCCAGAGAUGGAUUCUCUUGAGGUAAUGCAGCUAUAAUUUUUCUACAGUCUUGGUUUGCAUUGUCUCGUGCCAAUUGUAGCAUUAAUUGACCCCUUGCUUCACUGUUUGCGAUUUGCUUUUCCAUAGCAUCCUGCAGACAUUCUAUGAAUUGUAUAUAGAGCUCAUGGGGGUUUUGUCUUCUACUUGAAUAGCUUUGGGUUGGCACUGACAAGUUGGUAAUUCUUGUUAGAGCUCACAUUGCUAAGUCUUUCACUUGUGUUAGAAUUGCGGGGUUCAGUCGAGCCUGGGUUUGGGGAUCUUCUGAUACUGCUAAAUGAUUUAUUGUAUGAACAGCCUUAGCUACUUUGCUUUCUGGGGUCCCACCACACAUUCCUCCCUCUUGUUUUUCAAUAAUUCCUGUUAAAGUGCCAUGUGCUCUUUCCACAAUGGCCUGUUUUAUUGUUAUUUGAGGAACGCCAGUGUGGUGUGUUACACUCCAGGGCUGUAGGAAAUGUUUUGUUUUCUGUGAGAUGUGUGUUGUUUUGAUGCUAUGAGGGAUGCUCAAAACAGCAAAGGCUGACUGCCAGUGUGCAAUGGCAUCCUGACCCUUUUUUCUUGUGUGUUUUAUAGCACAUACUGCUGAUGAAAAGGUAUCUAUGGAUAAGUGUAUAUAUUUUAAAUGUCUAAAUUCAGGGAUGUGUGACAUGGGUUUAGCAGAUUUGUAAGGCACGCAGUUCACGAGGGUUUGCUCCCAUCUGCAGUGGUGCAGUGUGACCCUGGUGUCCUGAUGGGACACUUGUGGUUGGGUUCUUUUUCCUCCUUGGACUGAAGAUUGACGAGAGAGAGGCAGUUUUCUCUUGUUUGGACUUGGUUGUUUAUUCUUCUUUUAUCUCCAUGACAUGUAUACAGGGUACAAGGAGCUACAAGCAGCUAUGUGCACUAAGAUAGAAAGGUGCAAAAUGACUAACAAAGAUCUUCUUCAAGGAUUUUUAUAUGUUCAUUUACCCAAUUAACAAAUGCCAAGUAAAUUAUUUUUCUUAGUGACCCAAUGAUCCAACACCUGUGUGCUGCACUGCAGCAUUCUUUAUGCAAUCACUUACUACUACCCAAAAAUCUCUAGAAGAAGAAGAUGAAGAAGAAAGAAGGAAAAUAGACAACACCUUGAAUCCUCCAUCUUGUCCUCUAUUUUCUAAAAAAGUUUAAACUCCAAACUUGAACUUUUUCAUGCAGUGACAUAAGAAAUCUCUCUAAUCUACACACACUCCUAAGUUUUCUAUUUAACAGUUUUUUUCAGGGUGUUAUAUGAAAUUCAGAGUUUUCUUGGAUAUCAGAGCCAGGUAUCAGAGAUAAGGGCACACUCUCAGUGCCUCUGACAACAACAGUAAACUAAGUUGAAUAUUGUUAAGUAUUAUUCCACUGUUAAAUCCUGAAGUCAUAUGUUAUAAGUUAGCUUAAAUACUGUUAAGUGCUUUUGCUAAAUUGUGAUGUUUGAGGUAUAAAUUAAGGUAUAAGUAAAGUCCUGUUAAGUUUGAGCUCUGUUAAGCUCAAACACACACACGGACAGUUCUGGGUUAAUUUCUGGUUGAAUUGCCUGGAUUUUGUUUGGUUUUGUUGUUGCUUUGUUUCCUUCCUGUGCCUGAAGUGUCCACUCGGGAGCAGAGUGACUCUUGCCAAGGAACUUUGUGCUGCUGGUGCGUAAUGUUAAAUCUGUUUUUUGCUGCUCCCUUGCUGGGGAUUUUUUAAGCGCUCUCAAGCCCUCGUUGGUGACAGGGUGAAGGAGCCCUGGCCCAGGCUCUGGCCCUGGGGGACACGGGGACACUGCUGGGGGGUCCCUGUCCCCCUGUCCCAGGCCCCACAGCCCUUGGGAUGUCCCAGAGCCAUUCUGUGAUGUCCCAGCUUGGUCUGUGAUGUCCCAGUCCCUCUGAGAUGGCAGAAUCCACUUUCUGAUGUCAUACAGCCUUCUCUGUGAUGUCACACACUCUUCUCUGUGAUGUCCCAAGGAACACUGUGAUGUCACAACCUGCUGUCUGUUGUCACAGAACUGCCCUCUGAGAUUGUGGUGUCUGCUCUGUGACCUCACAGCCCACUCAGUAAUGUCACAGCCCACCCUGUGGUGGCUCUGUGAUGUCAUACAGAAACUCUGUGAUGUCACAACCCACUCUGUGAUGUCAUGCAUUCAACCUCACAGCCCACUAAGUGAUAUCACCCAUCCCACACUGUGAUGUCACAGCCUGCUCUAUGAUGUCACAGAAUCCCCUCUGAUGCCGUAGCUGCUCAGUGACCUCACACAACAAGCCCUGUGAUGUCACAGCCCCAUCUGUGACCUCACACAAUCCACUCGGAGCUGUCACACAGCCCCUGUCUCACAUCACAGCUGUUCUGGGGCUCCAGGACACA